CAUCGCCCUCAGCUGCCUUGGCCGGAUCUACUGAACUUGUAGUACCUAAUGGCGCUGCGCUCUCUUUUGAGAAAUAUGCCGGUCCUUGGUGCUAUCAGGCGGCCUGUCAAGCCGCUGUCGUCGGUGGUGGGUUCUGUGCUCAUACCCAAUGAUCUUCAUGAUUCCUUUUAUUCCGAAGAAGUGCUGACAAGACAGAGGGAGAAAGUAAAUCGUCUGCUCAUGGACUAUAACAACAUGCACCAGAAGCUAAACCAAGACAUGGAUGCUUUUCUUGAGUCUGUAAGGCGUGAUUCCAAUGAAUUAUCAAGGUCACAACAUAUAGUUGAUAUAUUUGAAAAUACAAUUCAUGUUAUUUUCUUUGGCGUCCCAGUAGUUUUAUUGACGAUUGGUAUAAAGUAUGAGAUUGAUAUCUUCGAGUAUCUCCCUUUGAGCCCUUGGAGGUUGAAGGACUUAUGGUUUUGAUGAUGUCGGUCUUUGACCGUGGCCUGGACAGCUUUCCCCUCCGUAUCUCUAAGGAAAUUCAAAUUCUCCAUUAUGUAUUUCGUUUUGAGGAUGUUCCAAGAUUUUUUUUCCGCAUGAUUGUGUGUAGAACUGAUGUCCAUCUGUUAAACCCUCGGAGGUGGAAAAAGUGAUGGCUUUGAUGAUGUCGGUCUUUGACCGUGGCCUAGACAGCUUUCCCCUCCUUAUCUUUACGGAAAUUCCGAUUCUCCAUUAAGGAAUU